CAACAUUCUCAAUAUCCCACCUCCGCUUAAUAUGCUCGAUACUGGCGCUCUGAGGGAAGCGCUUGAAGAGGCGCGAGACGACCUGAAGGCUGGGCGGAGCGUGCGCUCUCCUGCUUCCGCACGAAUCAACGACGCGGCACGCUACGUCGCUACCCACCUGCACGAGCGUGAACAGAUAGAGGCGACGCUUCCGAUAUGGGAGCUGUGCGCGACAUUGUGGCCGCUGCUUGCCGACGCGCUGGACCCAUCCGGCGACGGCGGGCCCGUGGCGCUCGCAUCAUCGCUGGGCAAGCUGGAGCGCAACAUGCUGGCUGGCAGUGUCCACGCGCAGAUCGCGGCUUUGCCAAGUGAGCCGGACAUUCGCAGGAUUAUCUUCAACGUAACGACGUUUGGGCGCAUCGAGGACCCCGAUUUUGCCGAGUUGCAGGGAAUUCUCUCGCAGCUGCUGUGUAAUCUCAUUUCCUCUCGCGGCGGGUCGGAUAGCGAGGCCCUCGCUGAUAGUGUGCUGAAGACGUGGCUAAGCGGGCGGCGGGAAGACGACGUUAUCAUUCGGCUGCUCGACAGCGGCGACGUACGAGUCAACACCGGCGUUCUGCGACUACUGAUCAACUUGGCUACCCAAACAAGGCAACCCCGCUUCUUGGCUGCACCCGCGAUACAUUGGCUUGCACGCAUUUUGAACCGACUCGACACAUGGCACGCCGAUGCGGAACCGCUCUUCGAUCUAGCGGUGUCCUUCUUCGAACUGUUCUUUACCGCGGGUCACCAAUCCGAACUAUACUCUGCCCUCGCGGUUUCGGAGGAAACUGUUACGCCGUCGCAGGUGACGCUUCUCAAGCUUCUCGACGCCUAUCUCACGCGCCCCCACGCCCACCCAACCCCAUCACCGAGUCUCUUCGUCAUUCAGGCUUGGCGUGACACCGCCGCCUACACCGCCGCAUCAAUGCGUAGCGGGAAGGACGACGCCCGCUUGCCCUCUGUCCUGGCUGCCCUGGUACUGGAUACCGAGAUCUUGAGCACCAUUGUGCUCGCGGCCCAGGCCCGCGCGGACAAGCAGGAGGCGGAAGGCGGAGAGGAGGCCAUGGUGGCGUGCUUGAAAGGCCGAACCCAAGAAUCGUCCAGCAUCAUCCCCGCACUGGUUAAUGUUCUCGCGGCAACCCACGAUUUCCUGCCUCGCAUCAAACCCGGCGCCGCUACAGCUGCAGAUAAUGUGGCCGCCGCCGCAGGACAGAUGAGCCAGCGCGAGAUCGAGCAUGCCUUCGCAAAUGUCAAGCGUGACUUGGUCCGCCUGCUCGCUGUGCUUGCUUUCAACGACACCGCCGUGGGAGACCAAGUUCGUGCUGCGGGUGGCGUCCAGCUUGUGCUGGGAUUGUGCGAGACCGAUGAGCGAAACGCGUACCUCCGCGAACACGCGCUGUUCGCCGUGCGCAACCUUAUGAUGGGCAACCCGGCCAAUCAGGCGAUUAUUGCCGAGAUGGAGCCGCUGGGCUUGGUCGGCGAGGACGGCGUGCUGGGGCCAUUGCCAGAGAAGCUGAAGAAGAGCGAUGAGGCAGCCAUGAAAGCGGGGCGAGGUGGGUGAGGAUGCAAGGGGGCGCUAAAUUCUCUAUCUUAUUGUGAUGCACCUUGCAUAGUCCUGCAUUGCACCACCCCACACCAGCCAGCCAGUUCCGUGGUACAUGUAUGACGCACGUCGAAGAAGUUAGUUCUGUGAGCUGGGCACGCUAGCGCCAUAUGGCCCGGCAAAAACUAUGCUAUCAUCAACCGACACUGUUGGUGAAACGGUAUCAUGCGUCGUUGCCAUCGACGCGGCAGGGGUUCGACUCCCUUACAGUGUAUACUUUUUGCUUUCCGGCCCUGCCUCGGGAUCCAAAGAUGUAUCACCCUCACACGG